AUGGGAUCAGUUGUUGGGUCGACUUAAUAAAUUUAAUCUGAAUAGAAGUUAUUUAUUGCCCGUUAAAGAAAUAAGAAUUUAUUAAUAGCAUAAAUUACAAAUGAUAGAAUGAAGAAAUGUAUUGAGCAAGUUUUGUAAAAGGAUAUUGAAUUACAAUAAAUUUUGAAGGAAAAAAUAAAUUAACAAGAAGGGUUUACUCUUGCUCUUAAUGGAUCAUAUCGUGGGUAAAGAGAAAAUGAAUUUAUAUAAUCUGGUUAUGGUGAACUCAUCUCUGAUAAGUAAGACAGGUAUUUUUUAGGACAAUGGAAAAAUAAUUUAUUAGAAGGUAAAGGAUGUACAAUUUAUGUAAAUGAUCAAGAAUAUCAAUAUUAUUAUGGUUAACAUUCAAAAGGAGUAGCUCAUGGAAAAGGGGCAAUUGUAUUUAAUGAUGAGGCAUAAUAUUAAGGAGAUUGGGAAAAUGGACAGAUGACAGGUGAAGGAUCAAUAUAUAUAACAAAUAGUUUAUAUUAUAAAGGUUAAGUAAAAGAUGGAAAGAUGCAUGGUUAAGGAAAAUUAAUAUUAUUUAGCAAUUCUAUGAAUUCUAAGUAAAGUAUUGGAACAGAUGUAGCUAUAAUAUAAGAUGGAGGUACUAUAAUUGAAGGAUAAUUUUAUGAAGAUUAAAUGAUUGAAGGAACUGUUAAAAGCUAAAAAGGAAAUUACAAAGGAUAGAUGAAAGAUGGAAAAAUGGAUGGAAAAGGAACAUUUAUUAGUAAUGAUGAAACUUUUUAUGAUGGAUAAUUCAAAAAUAAUAAAAGACAUGGUGUAGGGAAGAGUCAAAAUUAAGGUAAAGUUUAGAUUGCUUAAUGGGAAAAUGAUAAAUUAGUUAGAGUUCUAGAAAUAUAAUGA